GUAUGUUUUAAGGCUCGUCCUACUCCGAACCUAAGCUUCGGAUUCCCAUCCCCCCUCCAACGCUACAAAUUUAAACGCCUCGGAUUGCGUCAUCUACUGCUCUUUCGCACUGCAAAAUCGGAUUCACCCUCGUUUCGCACGAUCCAACUCAUUGAGAUCCAAUGGCGGAGCACGAAGAGACGCUAGUGGAGAAGGUCGCCGAGGAGAUCCAAGGUGACGCCUCCUCAUCCUCCUCAGAUUCCGACGACGACAAGCCCUUCCACGCUGACGCACUCAAGUCCAAAGUUUAUCGCCUCUUUGGCAGAGAGAAACCAAUUCACCACGUCCUAGGCGCUGGAAAACCUGCUGAUGUCUUUCUAUGGAGGGACAAGAAAAUUUCUGCGGGUGUGCUUGGUGGUGCAACAGCAUUGUGGAUUCUCUUUGAAAUGCUGGAAUACCAUUUAAUCACUCUGCUUUGCCAUACAUUGAUACUCUCUUUAGCAAUCCUUUUCUUAUGGUCCAAUGCCUCUACCUUUAUCAACAAAUCUCCACCGAACAUUCCAGAAGUUGUACUUCCCGAAAAGUGUGUCCUUGAAGUUGCAUCUGCUCUAAGAAUUGAAGUUAACCGAGCUCUGGAUGUUGUGAGGGAUAUUGCAUCUGGAAAUGAUUUAAAGAAGUUUCUUGGUGUUAUUGUGGGAUUAUGGGCUCUGUCACUCGUGGGCAAUUGUUGUAACUUCUUGACACUGUUCUACAUAGUAUUUGUUUUGCUACACACUGUGCCGGUGUUUUAUGAGAUAUAUGAGGACCAGGUCGAUUCAUUUUCUGAGAAGGCAAUAAUUGAGAUCAAGAAGCAGUAUGCUGCAUUUGAUGAGAAGGUUCUGAGCAAGAUUCCUAAAGGGCCAUUGAAAGAGAAGAAGAAAGAUUAGAAGACAUGAAGCCAUUAGGUUUUUCUAUAUGUCCUCGAGUCCCAGUUUCUUCUUUAUAAUAUAGGUGCACACAUCCUUAGUUUUAGAUCACAUGCUUUUGCUUCUUUUUUUUUAAAUCUAUUGAGGACAACAUUGAAUUCCUGGCGGUUAGAAAUUUGUUAUUUACUUUAAUCUUGUGUAGUUGAAUUGAAUUUAAUAAUUACAAGAACCUUUUGCAGAUAAUUUAUAUGGAAUUAUAAUUACAAUUAUAAGAA